AUGGCAAAAUCAACACUUUGUGGAUUCCAUUCAGGCUGUAACUGCAGAAGUUCACGCUUUGACGAUUUUAAACGCCAUCCAACACCCUCGACAUCUUCCACGCCUCCCGACAAACAACCUUGGGCUCCGUUCAAAUCACAACUGGAGUUCGAGAUCGCUGAGCUUGCUCUGGAGGCAUGCCUGAAUAACGAACAGACUGAUCGUCUGAUCAAGUUCUGUAACCGGUGCGCUUCCCGGCAGGAAAAAAUCACGUUCCAGAAUCACAAAGACAUCCGCAACAUGUGGGAUGCUGUCUCCCAUCGCGUUACUGGGUUUACUCAGGAUGUAAUUUCUGUAUCAUACAAUGACACAAUUCAACAAUUCGAUUUAUACUAUCGGGAUCUCUGGGAGUGGGCAGCCAAUCUCCUUCGCGAUCCUCGACUGUUCCCGCAUAUGGUUUUUGAUGUGCAGUGCCUCUCAAAGUUCAAUGGCGAGACUUUCAUACAUUUUGUAGAUGAGCCUUUCACUGCCAACACCUUUUGGAAUGUUCAAUCUCAGCUCCCACCAGGUGGCAAGCCCUUGGCUUUCAUCUUGUAUGCUGACAAAACUCGGUUGUCGUUGUUUGGCACUGCAAGAGGAUAUCCUGUCAUUGCACGUCUAGCAAAUCUACCUACAGACAUUCGUAAUGGACAGGGUGUAGGUGGCAGUUAUGUAGUUGGAUGGCUUCCGAUCGUGAAGGAAGACAGAGACCACGCCAGCAAGCCAAGCUGGCUCAACUUCAAGAAUGCCGUUUGGCACGAGUCAUUUGUAAAGAUUCUGUCUUCACUCGCAUCAAAAUCUCACACGGGACAAUGGUUUGAGUGCCUCGAUAAUGAACAAUGCAUUAUGUCGCUGAUCCGAGGCAUCAAAUGCCUUUGGCCGUGUCCAGUCUGCCUUGUGCCCCAUGAUGAACUUAUGAACACAUUGAAGUGUUAUCCUUAUCAAAUGUCUGCUCAGUCGCAGGAAGUCUUACAGGCCGCAUGGUCCAAGCAAACUGCCGAGGAGAAGGAGGAGAAACUGAAAGAGUACGGCCUUCGUGAUCUCAUAAAUGCCUUUGCGGCUGUGAUGUAUACUGAUGUACACGAUGCGUUGUCAUGGGAUCAACUUCACUUCAACGGCGUAGCGCAAGUGGACAAAAAUUAUGAAGCCUUUCCUCGCUGGCGGAACUUGAAGCACCUCGCUCAGGUAAUGAGCAUUUCAUUCGCUGAUGGCAGCGUGUACGAAGACAUCUCUAAGAUGGUGAUACACGCUACACACGCAAUCUUAACAAAGGAUGAGUGUCCACUUGGCUAUCUUCUACUUCGUUGCAUCCGCCUCUUUCUCGAACUCGACAUGUAUGCAGCACUGCAAGUUCACACAACUGAGACCAUCAGUGCUGGCCGGCAUGCAAUACAAGCUUUCUCGACCUAUCUACAACAAUACAUAGACAAGAGCGCCAACGAGAGCGAUAAGAAUUGGAAUUUCCCCAAACUGCACAUGAGCUUGCACAUCUUCAAUAAUGUUGAAGCAAAAGGUGCAACCCGCAACUACAAUACAAAGCCUAACGAGAAGAUGCAUGGGCCGCUGAAAGACUCGUACUUACUUCGCACGAAUUUCAGGGAUGUGGCACCACAGAGCAUUCGGCACCACAUAUCAGACCUUGAUGAGUACGAGUCCCGAGACAGCGAAGACUCGGAGGAUCCAGACAACGCAGACAACGAUUUGGUCCCAUCAAAUGAUACAGAUUUGCCUCACGUAAAGCUUGGAUCGAGGCAGGUUGAGGAGUCCUUUGAAUCGAUUGAGGAUGCUCACAAGGAGGACAUUGCAUUCACUAAUUUUCGGACCAAGCUCAAUGAAUUCCUGACUAACUUUCUACUCGCUAUUCAACUCCCUUUACCAGGUGGAAACCGCGUCCAACUCCGAGCAAGUGACAAGGUUAUUACCGAGUGCCGUUUUUUUAAGGUUAACUACAAGUCUAUGGUGGAUUGGCGACAACAUACAGACUAUCUUCAAUGCAGUCCCAAGUUCUACAGUCGUCCGUGUUUCAAUUGUGUGUUCAUUCAGACGACUGACAAAGUGAUAUUUGGUCGCUUGCUCUUUCUAUUUGAAUGUGUAGUGGGAGAUAUCACUCUCUCAUUAGCUCUCGUUCAUCCAUUCGAUGCUCCCACGGGUGUGCAGCUCCAAAAUGACAAACACCUUAACUUCUAUCGCAUUCGAGCAAGACCUCGGGCACAAGCCGAGUUUUUUUCAGUAUGA